AUGGCUAAACAAGUAGACAUCAGUGACAGAGCUCAGAUGAUGAACAUCAUUAAGAGUUGUCUUGGAACAAAGUUUAUCAACAAAUGGGCUGAUCUAGCAUGUCAGAUUGCAUAUGAUGCUGUUAAUACUGUAUUCCUAGAGGAGAACGGCAGGAAAGAGAUUGACAUCAAACGAUAUGCUAAAGUAGAAAAGGUUCCUGGUGGUACAAUUGAAGACUCACGUGUUUUGACAGGUGUGAUGCUGAAUAAAGAUGUGACCCAUCCACGUAUGAGGAGACGAAUUGAGAAUCCUCGUAUCCUGUUAUUAGAUUGUAAUCUAGAGUACAAGAAGGGAGAAAGUCAGACUAAUCUAGAGAUAGGUAAUGAGACGGACUUCACAAGAAUCCUACAGCUUGAGGAGGAAUAUAUACAACGGAUCUGCUCUGAGAUCAUUGCACUUAAACCUGACCUUAUCUUCACUGAAAAGGGAAUUUCAGGUACAAUUAAUCUGGGCAAUAUUUAAAAAGCAUUUUAGAUUUGAUGUGCCUGUUUUUCACUUUGUCUUCCUUUUGGCAAGAUAUACAAAUAUGCUCGUUCUGUCACCUGAACUCAUUUAUUAAAUAGAAAAAAAAUUAUAGUUUACAUUCAUAUAGCAGUAUAAAACCUUAUAAUCUGAAACAAAAUUCCAGCUAAUUAAAUGGUUACAUGCUCAUUGCAUGUCCAAUUAUUUUCAUAAGCAUCAUGCUGUCCUUAAAAUGAAGCCGUGUUUAGAGUGUACUAUUGGAUAUCAAGAAUAUUUGGCACUCCCCUUAUUACUUUUCUUUCUUCAUUAUUGUGAACUGAAUGGUUUGGAUUGAAAUUUAGUUCUGUAUAUGUCUAUUUGUGUGCAUUGAAAAACCUUUGGAUGUUAUAUCUUGAAAUUUAUGUCCCAUUACACGCUUGAAAGUGGUUUUAUUUUUCAGCAAAAAGAAAAUAUUUUUUGAAAAAAUGUGUUGGUGUCUUUUAAUUAUUUUGAUAGUUUGCAAGUUUUUACUGUUAUCAGAUAUUAAAUAAUAUCUUUUACACAUUUGUUGCAUGAUAGCAUCUUUCAUUUUGUUAGGCAGAAAAUUUAAAUUUUAUGAAUAAAUAACCUUUUAAAUUUACUAAAAUUGAAUUUGAGCUUCAAUGACCUGCAGUAUUGCCAACUUUUGAGAAUAACAAAUACCGAUAGUAUUUGGACCCAGAAGGAUUAAAUGUUUACACGCCUACAUGGCGACUAACUUCCAGCCUGGGUGAUAAUAUGAUACAAGUGCAGUAAAGUAAAUGCAUAUAGUAACUGUACUGUUUUAGUGGAUCUCUUAUUAUACAUGUAUUUGUUGUCGUUAUUUAUUAUUUUUGUCUUGCCUGCUUAGCAGCGCGAAACUAUAGGCUCUGACGGCGGCAAUGUCAACAUUGAAAUCUUAACCAAGAUCAAGUUAUUGAAAUGUCAUCAUAAUUUAAAAAGUAUAUGGAUCUGGUUCAUGAAACUUGGACAUAAGGGUAAUCAAGUAUUACUGAAUAUCCUGCUUGGGUUUUAGGUCACAUGACUAAGGUCAAAGGUCAUUUAGGGUAAAUGAACUUUGACCAUGUUUGGGGGAAUCAACAUCGAAAUCUUAACCAAGGUUCAAGUUUUGAAAUGUUGUCAUGACUUUAAAGGUUUAUGGAUCUAGUUCAUGAAACUUGGACAUUAGGAUAAGGAUGUAUCACCGGACAUCCUAUGUGAGUUUAAGGUCACAUGACCAAGGUCAAAGAUCAUUUAGAAUCAACAAACUUUGGUCAUGUUAGGGAUAUUUGUUGAACAGGGCCCUGGGAACAAUUUUUUGGCUGGGGGUGCUGAAGUAGGCCUAAAUUCAGGGGCUGAUCCAGCUUCCGCCAAUGGGGGGUGCGAAAAAAUUUCACCCAUAAUUUCCCCGUUCGGCCACUCAAAGAUGAUUAUUGUUUGUUUCUUCGUAACAGUCACUUCUUUGCUUUAUUCUUAUAAAACAGUAAUCUCAUAAGCCAUAUUUGAUGUAUAUCAAUUUUAUCAUGUAUCUUGUCCAGAAAAUCGAACAUUCUUGGCAAUGUUUGUGAUCCUGAACAAAAUCCGUAUAUAACUGAUCCAAAAGGGACCUGUUGAGGACUGUUUGUAGUUAGCCAUAAAGCGAUACAUAUUCAAUAAUCAAAUAAAACAAGCGCGAGCUGGAAAUUUGUUGACAUUCCAAACUAAAAAAUUGAAAUUCUAAGCAUAUUUUGUAAUCAUGGGCAGGAUAGGUAUAUAACUAAACAAUCCGAGCACAAAGCGUGAUUGAAAAAAAAAGACAUUUAGACCUAAAGAGUGGUCUCUAUUCAUGUUUUGUAAAUCAUGAAAAGAAUGGGUAAUUGGGUAUCCUAAAUCAAUGUGAGCGCGAACCACGAGCAGAAAAUUUUAGUCUGAAACUGGAUAAUUUAAGCAUGUUUUAAAUUAAGAACAAGCUGUGUAUCUCAAACAUGCGUGCGUGUGUUUUAAGAUUUAUACCUAGUAUCUGGGAAUUCUAAAUUGUUAUUUAUAAUGAAAAUCAAUAAUGUGAUCGCGAAACGCGAGCUGAAAAUAUUUGAUAUUCCUGUCUGAAAAAGGGUCAAUUUAAGCACUAAUUCAAGCUCUGUGUAGGAAAAUUGUGAAGUGGAUAUUAUGGAUUGCUCUUAAUAAAUGAUGUGAGCGCGAAGCAC